AUGCCACCCAGGAGAAAUACUCAUAAUAGUCAUUGCAUAAAGGAAUUCUUCGGUAACAGGACUAAGAAACAAAAGAAGGAAAUAAAAGAGAUGCAAAAACAAUUUAAGAAGUGUCCACAAUUGGGAUAAGUUGGAUCACAAUUACGAAGAGUAUUGUCACAAUACAGAGAGGAAAUAAUGAAGGAGUUUAAUUAUGGAGAUUUGGUAAAGUAAAUAAGUGAGGUAUCGAAAUUGGACUCCAUAGGAGGAAUGUUAAAUUCCAUUUUGUAUUUGAAUGUCACUCGAGUCUCAGAUUAUUGGAGUGACAUCUACACUCCAGAUCAUGUGGAUGAUGUAAAUGACUAUCUAAAUUAGUUACUCAGUCAACACAACACAUAAAUAUUAAAACAUUGGCUCAAGAGUUCCUUCUCAAUACUGAGACAAGACCAAGUAGAGGACUCUGAUUCAUGGGAUUCCCAAUCCAAUUCAGUCGGCAAUCAAAAUUGGAAUUAUCAAAUGCUCAACAUCUAUGGCUCUAGUGGUAAAAUGAGCACCAUUGUUGCAAUUGCUAGAACAUACAAUAUUGAAGUCAUACUCACCUAUGAAUACACAGAAAAGAAGGAAUUCGAAGAGAUGUUUGCCAGUCAACACAUCAAAUUCAAACCAGAACAAUAAAACACUGAAUUCGGAAUUAAGAAGAAAAUCAUUAUACACAGAGGACCAUUGCCCAAAUUUCUCAAUUCCAGGUUCUUAUAAAUCCAAAGAGUGCCCUUCAUUUGGAUUACAGAUUCAUGCCAGAAUCAUGAAAUGUUUGAUGGUUUUGAGUUACUCCAAUAUUAGCAUGAUGAUAUUGUGAAGUAUUUCUAUUUGAUCCUCAUCAUGGAAUACAAUUAUAGGGAUCAAUUGGAUUCCAUUAACAGUGAAUUCAAAAAGAAAGUCAUUUAUGAAAAUUUGAAAGACAGGGCCAAAUUGGUUGAUUUUUAUAAUAAUUUCUACUUAAUCAAACCAACAAUUACAACUAAAGAGUUAAAUAUUAAGUUUGAUCUGUCAGAAAUUAGUAUGAUAACUUUGUAAAUGAAAGGAAAUGUAAGGAGUAUUCUGAAUUGGCUACAAUUUCAUCACGAAGACUAAAGCAUAUGCACAUUGAUUAUGCAAAUGAAAUUAGAUCAAACUCAUUUACAAUACAUGCUCAAAAAUCAUUUGCCUAUUUUUAAGACUGAUUAGUUUGAAAAUCAGUUUAAUUUACAUGCUUAAAAAUGGCAUGAUUAAUAAUGCAUUGAAUUAGUAGAUGACAUAGUGGAAUGUCGAAAUAGUAUCUUAAAACGAAAUUAUUCAAAAAAAUCGUUCAAAAGUAAAUUCAAUCCAUUCCUCAUCAAUUUUGUUAUUAAGACCAAUGCAAUAAAUACACAACAACGCACUUCCAAUACGAGAUAACGAAGAUUGAAUAAAGAACCAACGGAUAUCUAUAAACCUCUAUAGUAAUUCUUUCAAGAUGAAUAAGAGUACGAGUGGUUUAAGCAAUUCGACAAAUCUUCUGCAUUUUUGGUGAACUGA